GCCAUUACCCUCGUGCUUCUUCAGUGGUUUGGUAAGCAUAAGUGCGAGUGAGUCUACACUGUGUUUAACGAUGGUCCAGAUCCCACAAAAAAGACGACGACUUGAAGAAACUAUGGUAAUGGACGAUAAACCAGAGGGAGCCACCCUGGAGGGCGAAGGUGAGGAUACUGCUCCUCCAGGAGAGGAAGGAAGCCACCAGGAGGGAGCCACCCUGGAGGGCGAAGGUGAGGAUACUGCUCCUCCAGGAGAGGAAGGAAGCCACCAGGAGGUAAGCAUAAGUGCGAGUGAGUCUACACUGUGUUUAACGAUGGUCCAGAUCCCACAAAAAAGACGACGACUUGAAGAAACUAUGGUAAUGGACGAUAAACCAGAGGGAGCCACCCUGGAGGGCGAAGGUGAGGAUACUGCUCCUCCAGGAGAGGAAGGAAGCCACCAGGAGGGAGCCACCCUGGAGGGCGAAGGUGAGGAUACUGCUCCUCCAGGAGAGGAAGGAAGCCACCAGGAGGGAGCCACCCUGGAGGGCGAAGGUGAGGAUACUGCUCCUCCAGGAGAGGAAGGAAGCCACCAGGAGGUAAGGCUCUAUCAAAGCUUUUUGUCAGUUUAUUAUAUAUAUGAAUAAUAUAUAUACAUGUUU